UGAAUGUUAUUAUAGUUUAUUUAUUGAGAAAAAGAGGAAAAAUAUAGUUGAACGAUAAUAUACGACUAGAAUGCAGACCAAAAAGACUCUUUUUAUUUUAUUCUUAUAUAUUGCAUUGUGGAUAUUUCAUACUGGUUGGAGAGUGGAUGCUCAGCUACAAGAGCAAUUGUUGUGGUCAGACACAGAUACUAGAGUGAAUAUUCUAAGACAACAUAUUCACGCAGAUAAGGACCUCCAAUGGGAAGAUGAAUUGAAAAAGUUAAAGGAAGGAAUUCAAGUGGAAAGAAGGGAUGCUCAGAAAGUAAAUAAACAAUCCAAGACCACUGCUUCUUUACCCAACCUCAACCAACCUCAACCACACGAAAGGAAGUUUUCAAGACAAUCAACAACAAUGAGGGGAGGAGGAGGAGGAGGAAAUAUUUCUGAAACAACGUUAUACGUGGAUAUGUUGAACCGUCUUGCCAAAACUGGAGGCAACUUGAUGGAACUAGUGGAAGGAAUACGAAAGGCCGUAGAACUACAAGGAAAUCAAGACAAUCUUAUUAAAGUGGAUGAAGCUAUAGAUCAUUUAUUGACUAGUCUUCACAAUGUUCCAUUAAGUCUAUCAUUACCCAAAGUGAGAGAGAUAGAUAUCAUGACCGGUCUCAUGGAAAGAAGACUGGUAGACCGUUUGGUAAAGUUGAUAGAUUCACAACCGAUAACAUCCAUUGUACAUGUUUCUUGUGGCAAUCAAAUGCAUUGGAUGAAUAGUGUUUUACAGUUAAGACCUCAGAUACGUUACAUGGGAUUGGAUAGUCGAGAUGCUACUUUGGUAUGGUUACGUUCGAAAUAUUACGGUCAUCCUAAUAUUCAGUUUCGAACUGUUGAAUGGCAAUAUAUGUUACCACAAGGAUAUCAGUUACUUGUAGCCAUCAAUGCACUGUCUCCUUUAGAAUUGCAACAAGUAUAUUCCUUUUUCUCAGCAGCCAAGUAUGCAGGCUUUGAAUACUUUUUGGUCAAUUCCUAUGAAGGAACCAAAAAUGAAGAACGCAAUCAGAGCAAAAUGUUAGACUUUCGAAAACCUCCAUUUGGUUUCAAAAGACCAGUACGAGUGUUUCAUGAAAUGGGUGCCUUGAAAGGGAAACCGAUAUCUCUCUUAAUGUAUUCUAAACAGGUCUUGGAAGAGUUUGGAAAGAAAGAGAUGACAGUAACUUAUGAGGAGCUAUGAAUAUACUGCUUUUUGAUCAUUAAUAACUGUAAUUAAUGAAAGCACAAUAAAACGCAUAUAUAUAUAUCAUCAAGUUGGGAUAUUUGUAUUCGAA